UAUUCGUUACUGCCCUGUGACCUUUUUUUUCUCCUCAUGUUACCGUACCGUAUUUGUUUUCCAUCGUUACUGUGUUGUAUCCUACCUUUCCUUUACGCCCCGUCAUUUUAUUUUACCUAUGGCAGCCCAUUUGGUAACCCCUGCAUCCUUCACGAAUAUUUUUCCUAACCGCGCCGAUUUCGCUUUGUUGUAUUAUUUCGUUCUGAGUUCUGUCGCCACCGCCGCCGUGUGAGGUUGUGUACCGCCAGUGUGCCAUCUGCUGCCACCACCGCCACCAAUAUAAUUGAAGUGCUCAUAUAUUCAAGUUUUUUAAAGUCAAACCAGAGAGCCGGCCCUAUUUAUUUCAUUUUGAUUUUCAACAUAGUCCUCCGGGCCGGAUGACUUUUUGAUUUCUGUUAAAUUUGCUUCUUUGAUGAUUUGCUGAUUGAUUUUGACUGAUCAAGACUGAGAUUGACUUGUGAAUUGUGUAUAUCAAGAUGGAGAGUGAGGCACAGCUUAAACAGAAAAGGACUGUGGCUCGAGGUAAGGCAACCAGACUGAUGAAAGAGCUUGCCGAAUGUGAUAAUUCUCAAGAGGACGACCUUGCCUUGGCAAUACACCACCUUGAGCAGCACGUUGAUCUGAUGACCGAGAUCCAGUUCCUGCAGAAGGAGAUGAGCAUCAGGGAGGAGGCAGCUGCUCGGAGGAAGAGGACCACCAGUGAGCAGCCACCUACCGCAGUACCUAGGAAGCCGACAGUCAGCAUGCUGAACGUGAGGCAGAAGAAGGGACCUGACUGGGUAUGUCUGGCAUGCGGAACGGGUGACGACGACGUGCUGACGCCCGCGCACCUGUUGUUCGGGGUCACGUCCAUCCGUGGCGUGCUCUCUCCGUCUGGCCACGAGCUGGACAGCCUGAGUCGGCGCUGGCGGCACCAGCGGCUGGUCAGCGAGCACCUGGUUCAGCGAUGGACCAAAGAGUACCUGCAGACUCUACGCACGUGGAGCUUCUCUCGGCGCGGCCGUCCGGUUCGGCUGCCCGAGGUUGGAGAGAUUGUGCUGGUGCACGCGGAAGGUCCGCGUGGUCGCUGGCCUCUGGCGCGCGUGGUGUCCCUCCUGUCUGGAGCGGACGGCCGCGCUCGCGCGGCGAGUAUCGUGCUAAGAGGGCGACUUACCCGCCGCCCGAUCAACAAACUGUUGAGACUAGAGGCGUCGGAGUGAAGUGAGCGUCGGCGAGGCGAGUGCCGAAAAAGUGACUGUGUGCCGAGUGAGGAGAGACUUUUCGAAGUGACGGCUCACUUCGAAAGUGGGGAGUAUGUCGCUAUUCGUUACUGCCCUGUGACCUUUUUUUCUCCUCAUGUUACCGUACCGUAUUUGUUUUCCAUCGUUACUGUGUUGUAUCCUACCUUUCCUUUACGCCCCGUCAUUUUAUUUUACCUAUGGCAGCCCAUUUGGUAACCCCUGCAUCCUUCACGAAUAUUUUUCCUAACCGCGCCGAUUUCGCUUUGUUGUAUUAUUUCGUUCUGAGUUCUGUCGCCACCGCCGCCGUGUGAGGUUGUGUACCGCCAGUGUGCCAUCUGCUGCCACCACCGCCACCAAUAUAAUUGAAGUGCUCAUAUA